CAAGAAUGGGAGUCCCGUGUGCAAAUGCAGAAGGGAUGUGUGUCCAACUAAUCACAUGCUCUCCUGAUUGUUCAAUACUGUUCUGGGAUAUUCGAAAACCCAAACCCACAGUCCUGACGAGGCAGGAGAAACAGAAAAUGGAGAAGGAACUCCAAAACCCUGAAAGAGUGCCUAACACCUUUAAACAUAUCGAUCUCUACUGGAAACCGAUGCACAAGGUGUUGUUACCUAAGAUUUCAACUGCUGGAGACUACAGCCCUAUGAAAAUUAGCAUGAAGGAGAAAUACACCGACAGAGUCAAUGACAAGGCCCAAUUCAAUCUGACAAAGACCAAAGGAGAGACUUCAGAAUAUGCCGCCAUGGAUGUUCCUUCAAGCAGGGAUCUGACGUUUGUGGAUGACAUCAACACUUUCUUGUGGAUUGGUACUGAGGAUGGCGAGGUUACUUUUGUCGACUGGCAAGUGGAACGAGACUAUGAUACUGGGAAAGUGACCACUCCAAGACCAACUCAUUGCUAUGCAGUACAUGAUGGCCCUGUAAACACAGUGCAAAGGUCACCAUUCUUCCGAGAUAUUAUUUUGACUGUAGGAGGUUGGACGUUUGCGAUUUGGAGAGAAAAUGUCACACUGGGACCCCUCCUCCAUUCAGCCUGUGCGACAAAACGCUGCACAACUGGUCACUGGUCACUCACCAGACCAGGGGUCAUUAUCAUCGGAAAGGAAGAUGGCAACAUUGACAUUUGGGAUUUACUUGAAAAGACUCACGAGCCCUCACAGACGCAGAAUAUUUCUUCCAUUGCAAUAAGUUGCAUCAAGCCCUGGAUUGUCUCAAUAAGACAACACUUAGUGGCUGUAUCUGAUGACUUUGGUACGUUGCACAUUCUGGAGGUGCCCUGGGCUUUACGACAUCCACUAAAUCAAGAGAAAUCUAACAUUGAAGCUUACUUUGAAAGAGAAGUUAAACGGCUUGAAUAUUUUGAAGCAAGAAAGUUACUAAGAAGUGAAACGAAGGAGAAACCAGACGAAGAGAAAUCUCCACCAAUCGCUGAGGUAAAGACAGUGCAACAAGCAGAGGAGGAGUUAAAAACGGAAUACGGAGUUUACCUACAAGAAGAGAAGAAAAUCAUCUUUGCGCAACUUGGGAAAGUGUGAAGGAGACUGAAAAAUCUUUGAUAUAUAUUUUUAUAUUAAAAAGUAAUCUGAUUAGCAA